GAAUAUAAUGUUCCGAGUGAGUUUUAUACGGGCUUCAGAAACUUGUCACCUUGUUUUCAUUGGGAUGGACUCAAUGGGUUUUUUUUAAGAAUUAAAAUCGGUGGACGGGAAGGGAGGGAAAGGAUACCGUCUUUUUUUUUUUUUUUUUUUUUUUAUCAAACGGUUUUGAAGUUGUUUGCAUGCAACAGAUAGGGGGGAAAGACUGAACGGAGAAAAGAAAGAAAGAGGUGCUGGAGAUGCAGCUUAAGAGGGGUCUCAAACGCGGAACGAGCUUCCCCCACGGAGGGCACCAGAGGGAAGCGUAUUGAGUUACUUGAAAGGGAUUGUUUUGUGGCUCUCGUGCACACGCACUCGCACGCCCCAGAGUGUUCAGCGUUCAGAUGAGGGACCGGGGAAGAGGCGUGCACUCCAGAAAUGGGUUAAACGUGUAAUUAGAGCCCGCACUGGUAGCUCCAGAAGCUUAAAGGCAGAUUUAUCUUCUCUUAAGCUGUUGCGAAGGGCACAAGGCUGCUCUGUGCGCUCCUAGUCAGGAGGAGCCACCGCAGCCGUUGGCCGGACUUGAAGCCACGCCAGUCUGCCCAGGAAACAAGAGGGAGAAAGGCGAGUUUGUGUCUGGAUGGCUUGACCUCACACACCUCCCACACCCCAUCGCCACCCUUUCCCGUGCUGCGCGGUAUAAAAGGCGCCUGCUUGCCUUUGCAGAAGUUUGGAGCUUUUUUUUUUUUUGGGUCAAAUCUGAAUAUAUAUAUCUGAGAGACUCGAGGCAAGGAAGCAGCGUGGCUUGUUGGACUGAGGCUCCGAAGCAGCCGAUCGGAGACCAUGACUUCGGUUUUCAUGUGUGGAGUGGAAGAUUUCCUUUUUAGCGGCAGCCGUUUCGUCUGGAACUUAACCAUCUCGGCGCUCCGGAGAUGGUACACGCAAAGAGUGAGGGGCUGCCACCAAACCCUGAGCACGUGGUGUGGGGUAAGGGACCUUUACCAGAUGACCGAAGGGAGACACUGCCAAGUACAGCUUCUGGAUGAUAGGAAGCUGGAGCUACUAGUUCAGCCUAAACUUUUGUCACGGGAAUUAUUGGAUUUGGUGGCUUCGCAUUUCAACCUCAAAGAAAAGGAAUAUUUUGGGAUAACAUUCAUAGAUGAUAUGGGACACAAUGUCUGGCUACAGUUAGAUCACAGAGUUUUGGAUCAUGAUUUACCUAAGAAACCAGGUCCGGCAACUUUGUUUUUUGCAGUCAGAUUUUACAUAGAAAGCAUUUCGUUUCUGAAGGACAAGACUACAGUCGAACUCUUUUUCCUCAAUGCAAAGUCCUCUGUGCAACAGGGGCAUAUUGAAGUGGAAAGCGAGACAGUCUUUAGAUUAGCCGCUUUGAUUUUACAGGAAGCAAAAGGAGACUACUCUAGUGAUGAAAAUGCAAGAAAAGCUCUGAAAAACUUGCCUGCAUUUCCUACCAAGACUUUGCAGGAGCAUCCUUCACUUGCCUAUUGUGAGGACAGAGUCAUCGAACAUUACAUUAAGAACAAGGGGCUGACUAGAGGACAAGCGAUUGUUCAGUACAUGAAGUUGGUUGAAGCUCUGCCUACUUAUGGAAUCCAUUAUUAUGGAGUGAAGGAUAAACAAGGCAUCCCGUGGUGGCUUGGGAUCAGUUAUAAAGGAAUUGGCCAGUACGAUUUACAAGAUAAAGUCAAACCAAGAAAAUUAUUUCAGUGGAAGCAGCUGGAGAAUCUCUAUUUUCGUGAAAAGAAGUUUGCUGUAGAAGUUCAUGAUCCUCACAGAAUUUCAGUAUCAAGACGGACUUUUGGACAGAGUGGCCUAGUAGUACAAACCUGGUAUGCGAACACUUCUCUAAUCAAAUCCAUCUGGGUGAUGGCAAUCAGUCAACAUCAGUUUUACUUGGACAGGAAACAAAGCAAAGCAAAAAUUCCCUCAGCCAGAAGCUUGGAUGAUAUCGCAAUGGACCUGACAGAUACGGGAAUGCCAAAAGUUUCAAAGCUAACAGUUUUGGAAGCGAAGAAUCAACUUAUUAUGGCCAGCAAUGGUAGCUUAAUCUCUUCAGGAUCUCAAGAUUCAGAAGUCAGCGAAGAGCAGAAGAAAGAGAAAAUCUUAGAACUGAGAAAGAAAGAAAAACUUUUGCAGGAGAAACUCUUGCAGAAAGUUGAAGAGUUGAAGAAGAUCUGUCUGCGGGAAGCGGAGCUCACUGGAAAAAUGCCAAAGGAAUAUCCUCUGAACACUGGAGAGAAGCCUCCUCAAGUCAGAAGGCGUGUAGGUACGACAUUCAGAUUGGAUGACAAUCUGCUACCCAAUGAGGAGGACCCAACCCUGCAAAAUCUGGAAAGCAACUUUCUCAUCCAGCAAAAGAUGGUGGAAGCGGCAAAGAAGCUUGCGGGUGAGCCGGACCUGUGCAAAAACGUGAAAAAGAAAAGAAAACAAGAGUAUACAGAGGCUGUGAAAAAGCUCCAGGAGACUGAAAAUUCCAUCAAUGAAUAUAGAAUUAAAUGUGGGAAGAAACCUGCGCAGAAGUCAAGCCUGGUUUUAUCAGAUGAAAUUAUCCCGUCUGAGAGCAGCUCUUUGUCUGACACAACAUCUUUUGAAGACGGCAAUACUUCCCUUACUGUGGCAGUCCAAAGAAUAAUUUCUCUGCCAGCCUCUCCACCACCCAAAACUCUUGGAGUGGAAAGGAUCCAUCUCCGGAAGUCUUCCAUGAAUGAACAACUCUUAGAACAGAGACACUCCAGAGAUUCUCUGUCAACUCACAGCAGUCCAUACCGGACAGCCGAGAGGCAACACCAUGGAGGAAGAAGUAUGCCCACAACACCAGUCCUCACACGCAAUGCCUACAGUAGCAGUCACUUGCAACCCGAUACAUCCCCUCAGCACUGUUUGGAGACUCAAACUACCUUCUUAUCGGAAACCGCCAGUGAAAAGCCAAUGUUCACCCUUUCAAAAUCCCAAAGAAGUAGCAGCACAGAAAUCCUCGAUGACGGAUCCUCCUACACCAGCCAAUCCAGUGCAGAGUAUUACUGCAUGACCCCAAAUUCGAAGCCCUGUUAUAGCACCCAAACCCUUGACAACCGCACUAGAAACAGGAGACGGUCCAAGAAACCGAACAUUUCUGCUUCCAACUCAGGAAGUAUGCCUAACCUAGCCCAGAAGGACAACUGCAAUGGGAUCUAUGCAAAAAAGCAAGGACAGAUGCCAACCAGUUGCUACAUUUCUGGUUAUGCCCCUUCUAAAGAGGGCGACAUAUAUUACAACAGUGGCUAUGUCUAUGAGAACGGCACAGAGGGCCAAUACACAGUCAAUCCUUCCUAUCGUUCCUCGGCGCCCUACGGGUACGAACGUCGGUAUCGGGAAUUCAGAUCUUUCCAUGAAGAUGAAAUGGAGAGAGUGCCCCACAAUCCGUACGCCACGCUGCGCUUGCCCCGGAAGCCAUCGAUGAAAACAGAGCACAUCACUAAAAAUAUCCACAAGGCCUUAGUUGCGGAACAUCUCCGUGGCUGGUACCAGCGUGCCUCUGGACAAAAAGAGCAGGUUCUUGGCUUGCAGGCGGGCCUUGAUGCUGAUCGAGAGUCCCAGAGAAGCCUAGGCUGUGCUGGACUACAGAUGCUAAGUUGUCAAAGCAGUCACUCAUCUUCUUUCUCUUUAGCAUCCUCAACAAAUUCCUCCGUGAACUGGCGGAAUCAGGUCUUGUUAGGACUUCCUGAUUAUGAUACGCUAUCUCAGUCCUCUUUUGCCAGCUGUUACGGGAAUGUGUAUGGGAACCACCCACUGCAGAGCAGGAUAUAUCCUGAAACUAACCAGUUGGGCAACAGCAGUAGGAACCCUUUGCAAGACGGCCUGCAAGAGAACGAACAGAGGCUCUUCUGGCACGAGGAUUCAAAACCUGGGACUUUAGUAUGAACCUGCCCUCUCCUCCUUCAAAUGCCCCACGUGCCUUGCACCUUACAUGUUUUCCCUACGAAAACAAGGUUCCUGGUGCAGCAGCUCCGUCAAGGAGAUUUGUGCUGGGAGGACAAGAAGCAUUCAGUGAGAGAAACCAGAAGAAUCUCACCUGCGCUAGCACAACAGUAUGAAUCCGAAUCUCCUCAGCAAAAAAAGGACUCCUAGUUGUCUGCUUUUAAAGCUCCUAACCUCCAGAUGCUACUUUUGAGUUAAAAGUAUUUUUGAAAGCACUUUUUUUUUUUUAAGAAAAAGAAAAUGGGGAGUUUUUCGUGGACGUUGCAGAACAUCCCAAAAUGUGAAAAGAAGAUUCUUUGUUGGGAUUAAUGUUAUUUUUUGAGCAGCACAAUUUUUGGAGAGAAAGAAGCAGGCAACGCCGAGAGAGUCACAUCUGCCGAUCAAGAAGAUUCUGUUGAAGGAUGCCACGAGUAUAAUGAACCGAGUGGAGGAGUGGCUUUCUAUUGCAAUGCUACUUGAAGGAUGCUUGGUUGUGUGUGUGUGUGUGUGUGUGUGUGUGUGUGUGUGUGUGUGUGUGUGGUUUUUUGUUUUUUUUUUAACAGUAUUCCGAAUAAGGAUAAAGGUCUUUUAAAGGUAUGCCAUCUUGGAUAUAUUUCCAUAAGUUUAAACAUGGGGCAGGGGUGGGGCAGAGAAGCAGUUGCACAUAAAGGUAAUAAAAGCAUAAUUGUUUUCCUGACUUUUUUUUAAAAAAAUGCAAUUUUGCAUGUUCUCUUCCCAUCCUUCCCCAUGUUGCUAUGUAAUUGUCAAGGUUUAAUAUGGAAUGCACUGGGACACAUUUGAGGUGCUUUCACAGAAUUGUUUACAAGAGCUACACUGUCUUCCAUUAGCAGCACUCCCAGAUUUUCCCCCACCCCCUUUUCUUCUGUGUUUCUUCUUUCCAGAAAAAACAAACAAACAAAAUCCUUACAUAAAAAAAAAAAAGGCAGAAGAGCAGCACAAUAACCCUUGAAUACAAGCACCAAGGGCUCCUCUGUCCAGAAGUCUCAUAAUAUUCAAUGACUUUGAAAACAGAAACUUUGCAGUUGACCAAUUAGGGCAGAGGUCUUCAAACUUGGCAGCUUUAAGACUUGUGGACUUCAACUCCCAGAAUUCUCUGGGAGUUGAAGUCCACAAGUCUUAAAGCUGCCAAGUUUGAAGACCUCUGAAUUAGGGCUAUCUGGGCCAGUAUUACUCUUUGUUUAAUAGUGAAUGCAAAUACAUUUAAUUACACCAUGUAGGUGCCUUGAAAUCGAUAGGCAUUAAAAUGGAAAAGUACAAGAUGUGUGCAGAACAAAUGCACAAAGAAGUCUGAUCGAUGAGGAGAAUCCAUUGGCUAGGAUCUGCAGUGAUUGGGAACAGGGCGAACCAAGAAAGCAGCCCAGGUUGGAAAUUGAGUUGAAUGAAGAGCAGACAAUCUAAAAUGCCUGUUCGGUAAAUCCAGGAGCUGGAUACAUGUUUUGUUUCCAUCACUCUGUGAAAUCAACUUAUCUGAUCUAUGAGUAGAAAUGUGUGCAUACAUUAUAAAUUGUAAAAAGUGGCUUGGUGGGUAUGGUGUGGCUUGGUGGGCGUGGCAGGGGAAGGAUACUUCAAAAUCCCCAUUCCCUUCCCACUCCUGAGGGAAGGAUAUUGCAAAAUCUCCAUUUCCACCCUACUCGGGAGCCAGCCAGAGGUGGCAUUUGCCAGUUCACCGUACUACUCAAAAUUUCCGCUACCAGUUCUCCAGAACCUGCUGGAUUUCACUUCUGGGACCACAGAGUGAUUAAAUGACUAUUUCCAAUAAAAUCAAUAAUUUUUGGUUUUGGUGCAAAAGAGAGAGAUAAAAAUCAGUUAACAGGUUUUCGCCAGGAAAGAUCAGCCUACCUCAUGUCUAUCUGUCGGACUAAACUAAGCAUCAUCUAUCAGACUUUUGCAGCCUAUAAACAAUUAUGUUUCUUUCUCGGUUACACUGUGCUUCAGGAUUCUCUAAAAUGGUGCUGUUUGGGACUUUUAAAAAUAGGGUGCAUCACUCCUUAUUCAUAUUGUGAAUACAAUAGUUUCUGGCAAAAAAUAAUCUUUUUACCGAUACUCCAAAGCAUGUACAAAGAAUUCUAUAUAUGCUCACAUGAAUAUAUACGUGAGUCUGUGUAUAUUUAUGUACACACACAGGCAUACACUCGCAGAGAGAAGCUGAAUUUGUUAAGCUGGUCCUUAGUCAUUUGUAUUAUUAAAAGUUUUAAGUUUGGAAUAAACAUUGAAAAUGUAAAACACAAAUAA